GGACCCAUGUUUGUCAUUUUGAUGGGGAUGAUGGUGACUUUGGUCGUUGUGAUAGUUUUGGGUAACGCACUGGUCAUUUUGGCCUUUAAAGUGGACAAGAGUUUGAGGAGACAGUGUAAUUACUACUUCCUGAAUUUGGCAAUAUCAGAUUUUCUUGUAGGUGCAUUCUGCAUCCCAGUCUACAUGCCUUACAUCCUCACAGGCAGGUGGACGCUGGGCCGAGGGCUGUGCAAGCUGUGGCUGGUCAUGGACUACCUGCUCUGCUCCGCGUCCGUCUUCAACAUUGUCCUCAUCAGCUACGACCGCUUCCUGUCGGUCACCAGAGCAGUAAGUUACCGUGCCAGACAGGGCAUGACUCACCAAGCCAUAAUCAAGAUGAUUGCCGUCUGGGUGCUAGCCUUUGUCCUGUACGGCCCAGCUAUCAUAUUCUGGGAGCUGGUGGUGGGCAGAAGCAGCGUGCCAAAGGAUGAGUGCUUUGCGGAGUUCUAUUACUCUUGGUACUUCCUGCUGAGUGCCUCCAUGCUGGAGUUCUUCUCUCCUUUCAUCUCUGUGGCUUUCUUCAACCUCAGCAUUUACCUCAGCAUACGCAGGAGGAGGCUCCACAGCAGGGAGGCCCAGCUCCACCUUCAACUGAGCGAGCCCGCCUCUGCCCAGGGGAAAGGCAUCCCCCUGUCCCAAAACUGGGGGUGUGGGAUGAAACUGGCUGUAAGAGGCUCUAUCCACUCCCAGACCUCCUCUCCCAGUUUGGGUAAACUAGAUCCCUCAACCAGCAGGGCUGCCCAGCCUAGCCGUCUGUCCAGGGAUAAGAAAAUUGCUAAGUCCCUGGCCAUCAUAGUGUGUGUGUUUGCCAUCUGCUGGGCACCGUACACCCUACUGAUGAUCAUCCGUGCUGCCUGCAGAGGGCGGUGCAUCCAGCAUCACUGGUACGAGGUCACCUUCUGGCUCCUGUGGCUCAACUCGGCUAUUAACCCAUUCCUGUACCCGCUUUGCCACAGCAGCUUCCGCAGGGCCUUCAGCAAGAUUCUCUGCCCAAGGCGGCAUACUACUCCCCCAUCAUCUGUCCUUCGUGCUGGCCAGUGA